AAUCCGUGAGAAGAUUUGGAACCGCCAUAUUAAUGGUUCCAAAAGCGGAAGGGACGGGGGAGACCUAUAAAUACGGAUCAGCUGUCUUUCGAGUAUUCCUCUUUCUUUGACACGAACAGCCAUCAGUAACCACCCACACACCAUGCAUAAAAUGCACUGUCUCACCAAGAUCAUUUCCCUUGUUGGCCUCCUUGUCGUUGCUGUACACGCCCAGGAGAGCACCACUGCUGCAGUGGGAACUAGUACCCAAAUUUCCACUGGAACCACUGUCUCGUCCGCUGCCGUACCCACAGACACGAGUACCAUCCCUGCCUGUGUUCUGAGCUGCUCUGAGCAAGCAGCUUCUGCGAACGGAUGCACCCUGACCGACCUCACGUGUAUCUGCACCAACACAGCGUUCCAGGCUAGUGCCGCUUCGUGUUUGCAGACAACCUGCACGGCCGCAGACCAGGCGGCGGCUGCGGCUCUCCAGCAAUCUGAAUGUGCUGCUGUUAGCGCACCUGGAAGCGCACCUGGAAGCGCAUCUGAAAGUGCAUCUGAAAGCGCAUCUAGAAGCGCAUCUGGAAGUGCAUCCCGCACGGUCUCCGCAAGCACAUCUGCUUUCACUGCGUCCUCGGGCUCCAUAACUGCCGUCUCUGGGGUCACCUCUCGAUCAACAACUGGCUCAGGCACUAGCAGUAGCUCGGGCACCAGCAGUGGCUCGGGCACCAGCAGUCGCGCAAGUAGCACUUCGCCUUCUUCUAGUUCCGCAUCAAGGAGUGCAUCUGCAUCUACUGCAACCUCCUCUAAUGCCGCCGUAGGUCAAGUCGCAACGCUGGGUUACAGCAAGGUUAUGGCUGGAUUGGUUGUAAUCGCAGGCGCUCUGGUCGGUGGAAGUAUUUUGUAGGAGUUCAUUCGCGGUUAUUAUUAGUUGAUAUUUUACGGAGCCGGACCAUCUUGUUUACUUGAAGUAC